UGAAUAUCACCAUGGUGAUGAGACUGGCCCGAGCGAUGAGGACGGGGAGAGGUUUGGCUCCAGUCUCUGUUGAGGAGCUCAGUCUGGACCUCAACAGUAAAGAAGUCUCUCAGAGAGUGCUGUCCAGGGUCCUGAGCUGCCUGGCUCUCCUCCUCAGACUCUGGACGGUCCAGUGUCUGGACCUGACAUCUUGCAGGGUCGAAGGUCACUCUCUCAUCAUCCUGCUCUGUCAACAGGACCCUCUCAAACUCAGACUGAGUAAGGAAAAUACGCAACAGCUGUUCAUGCUGGUGUCUGAUGCACAGGAAGUGGAAAUCAUUGAGUCCUUCCUGGAUAAGGUGGGAGGAGACCUGACCUUGUGCACUUUGACCCAGGAAGUGCUUCUCCACCUGCUGCAGCAUCACUCUGGACCUGUGACCGUUGACUUCAGGAAGAGCAAGAUCACUGAGAGGAAUGUUAAAGACUUCCUUCAUCUACUGGACAGGAUACGGUUCAAGAGGCCUUCUCCAGGAUUCAUCAUGUGCAUCAUCAUGGAGAUCUACCAGAGUCGUUCUCCUCAGUAUGUGAGCAGCCUGCUGAGAUCUACAGAGAACCACAUCAACCUGACCACCAGAGGCCUGGAUGCUGCUGACUGUGCUGCCCUGCGUUUCACCUUACAUCACAGCCAGGGGGUCAGACUCAACCUGAUGUGGACCUCCAUACCAGAGGGGGAGCUAGAGAGCCUCCUGCAGCUUCUCACCAAUGUCUCUCAGCUCAGUACUGACAGGCAGCUGCUGUUGAGGUUCCUCCACUGCUGUGAGUCCUCAGACGUCCAGCAGGGGGCAGCAGCAGCUCUUCUUCAGGCUCUGCAGCACAGACUGGACUUCUCCUGCUCCUCUGCUAUGGACCUGACAGAAGAGACACAGGAACCACCUCUGCACCUGACACCUGAGGACUGCAGGGUCGUCUCCAUGGUGAUCCAGAGGGUCAGUGUUGACCCUGAGCUCAUGCUGAUGGACUGUGAUGCGGAGGAGGCGGGGCUAGAACAUCUUUUCUCUGUUCUAGAAAGAAUACGUCUGAGGUGCAGUAAGGGCCAGUUGUUGCAGCUCCUGACUGGUGUGUGUCGGCUCUGAGAGUGAGUGUGUGAGGAGAGCCGUGUCUCUCUCCCAUGCUGUGGGUGGGGAAGUGGACCUCAGUCACACUGUGCUGGACGCUCGGGCCUGUGGAUCUCUGGCGCUGUUUCUGGAAUAUUCUGAGGAUUCCGAACUGGACCUCAGCCACUGCCAGCUCACAGACCAUUGCCUGGAGCCUCUGCUCCCUCAUCUGCACAAAUCACAGACCCUGGACCUCAGUAACAACAGCAUCACAGAUGAAGGGGCUCAGCUGAUCCACAACACCGUCAAUGCAGCAACAUCCAUUCAGACCGUAAGACUCUUCAACAAUAAGAUUCAGAGCAGACAGCUCUUCCAGGGAGACGCACGCUUUGAGCUGUGGUGACCCUGUAGGUGUGCUGAUAUCUCCACUGGAUUUGACCUGAUGUGUUUCAUACUCACGCCAUGCCAUACAACGCACAGGAAAGGGAUCGCUCUGAUGUAGUUCAUGUGUUCAGAAGUGAGAGAGUGACCUGCACAACAAAGUAGGAGGGAAACCGCACAAACACGCCAUAUAUGGUUAUAUGAUUUAGAAGACGCUUUUAUCCAAAGCGACUUACAAUAUAUCAGAGCAAAGUGCUGUUGGAGUGAUUUUAAUGGACCAGAGCAGAGGAAAGAAAACAUAAUGAUAAAGCACAACAUGCUCAGAAGAAUUGAAGUGUGGGGAGGGAAGUGUAGUGAGACAUUGUUACAUUCGGUCCUCAUUGGUCAAUCUUUAGUGUGUCUCACAUUUUAUGGGUUCCACGGGUUAGUGACUUUCAGGUAAAGAAAAUACAUUAGUUGACAAAUCUUUCAAAUACAUUACAAGAAAUAUAUGUCACGUUCAUCAUGUUUGGCAAUGUAUUUAGUCUUACUUUAACCAUUGUGCCUUACCAUUUAUCUGAUGCUGAAUUGUUCAUAUUCUGUCUUUAUAGCCAUACUGCUGAUGUAGUUCUGUUUUAUUUGGAUGAACAGUUGGAUGAUUGUAAAGUGUCGGAAGAAUGUUCAUCAGUAUAAUUAUCAGUAGACCAAAAAACAUUUACUAUGCACUCUGAUACUUGAGGCUGAAAGGGCUUAUAUUAUAACUUUGUAACUAUUUAUACUGCAGUCAUUACUAUGUAUGAAUUAUUAUUUAGACUUAUGUUGAUCAUUAAGAGGCAUUAUGGAUACUUUAUAAUGUGUUUACUAUGCUUUAUUUACAAUGCUUAGUGGAUACAGGGAUCAGAUCAAAUGUUUUUUUUUUAAUCAGGAUCAGGAUUAUCACAUUUACUGUUCAAACUGUUUAUUUGAGCUAUUUCAAAGGUACCGUUUGUAUUUCCAUGGUACUGGCAUAGAAGUUUACAGCCAGCAGAUGGCGUGAAAUGUAUGAUUAAAUCAUGUGUCUUUUUUAU